AGCAAGGAGAAGCAAGAUGGCUAGGAAAAUCAUCAAUGCAUCUGAUAUUGCAUCCAACGCCAUGCAGGAUGAGAACAUCUUCAAGCUGUGCAAUCCAUUUGUUCAAGUGAAGGAAGGUAAAAUAACAAAAUUUGAAGAUGGAAAGCUUACAAAGUUCGACAAACAAGUCUCCAGUUACCUGCUGGAGGAAGUCAUUCUGGAGAUGCAAAAGUUUGGAGAAUGCUACGCACGCAGGCCCAAUUUGACCGAAGUGCAGUACAGGCCAGUAGCUUGUGCCAUGUUUCCUGUCUUUGCCGGUUUGGCUCCCAAGAAAGGUGAACUACUUGACGGUGAGGACAUGAAGAACAUGAAGAAAGAUGCUGUAUCUAGUUUUGAUAUGAGCUCUAUUACUGAUGCGCUUGAAGAGGUACCAGAUCCAUCUCGACCAGGAUCACGGGCUUCGAAUUCAUCUAGAGAGUCAGAUCGAUCGGGAUUUAGUUUCACAGGUGACACCUUCAUUCACGAAGAUGGAACUCAUCUAAAGGGUCGUGAGGCAGUUGAUGUACGAGGACUUGUUACAUAUGACAACAAUCAAGUUGCCGGAAGAUCCAUCUUUGAGAUGAAAGGCAACCAAAAGUGGACAUUUGGCCUCUACCAAGGUUUGAACUAUGGGGUUGGAUCCUUGGUAGACAACAUCAAACGCCACAGUGAUUGAUCCUAUUGGGUUUUUGAUAAGUAAGGAGAAGAAGCUUUCAGGUAUUCCAGAGUUUAGGAAGCACGUGGAAUUGAAGAUUGCUUAUCUCAAGCAGAAGGGUAAAACUGAAGAGGUAAAAAAUAUGGAGAAGCGUUAUCCCAAGUCAUUAAGUGACAAGGAUUUGCUGGACAGUUUAACCAAAGAAAUGAAUGGCAACAUGAGUGCAGCAGCAGUCAAUGCAUCAAAGGCAGCAAGAAAAAUUGAAUACGUUCCAGAAUUUAAAAUCGCGACCAAUGUACUUGUGGGAACUGCCACAUUUAGAAAGAAUGCAUUCAACAUGAACAAGUAUCCCAUUGCUGAAGGACAGGCACUCAAAGAGGAACUAACUAUUGUGAAAGGUAUUGCCAGAGUUAUAUUUGGUGACAGGGUUUUGGACUGGGAGCUGCCGGCUCUUAUAAAACAUGCCAACCAACGAAAAGCCAAAAGCGUUGAUUUGGUGAAGAAAGUCAUAAAAGCUUGAUUUAUGAAUAAAAUGUUUGGUUUAGAUUUAUUUGCAUUUGAUUAU